AUGCUCGAGGUGCUGGUGCUGAAGAUUGAAGAUCCCGGCUGCUUCUGGGUUAUUAUAAAAGGAUACAGUCCCUUUCUGGAUCAUGAAGUUGACUAUCAAAAACUAAAUAGCGCCAUGAAUGACUUCUAUAAUAGCAUGUGUCAGGACGUAGAAAUCAAGCCACUCAUGCUGGAAGAAGGGCAGGUUUGUGUGGUCUACUGUCAAGAACUGAAGAGCUGGUGCAGGGCUGUUAUUAAGUCAAUUGUGUCAUCGGCAGAUCAUUACCUGGCAGAAUGUUUUCUGGUGGAUUUUGCCAAGAACAUUCCAGUGAAAUCUAAAAACAUACGUGUUGCCGUGGAAAGUUUUAUGCAGCUUCCCUACAGAGCGAAGAAGUUCAGGUUAUAUUGCACACAGCCCGUUACCUUACACAUUGACUUCUGUGAAGACAGUGCUGAAAUUUUACCCUCCAAGAAGUGGGACAGUGCUGCUGUUCAGUAUUUCCAGAACAUUCUCAAAGAGACUUCCCGGGUGGAAGCCAAAUUAUGUGCUGUGGAAGAAGAUACUUUUGAGGUUUAUCUUUAUGUCACAAUAAAAAAUGAAAAGGUUUGUGUUAAUGAUGAUCUGGUUGCGAAGAACUUUGCUUGUUAUGUAUCACCCAUGGAAAACAAAAGCCUCGAUGGUUUAGGGAAGCCAAGAAUGAGCCUGAAGUCAGCAGCCUUUUCCAGUAAACUCAACCCAGCACUCACUCUCUGGCCAAUGUUUGUGCAAAGAGAAGAUGGUCAAGGAAUGAAAAAUUCCCAGGAUUUGACUUUUCUGGCACAGUCUCUGCAGACUCCCUCGCCCAAGAGCGUUGAGCUAGGACCAGCCUCCCCACCCCUGGAUAAGACACUGAAUUGCAGCAUGGAUUCACUGAGAGGUUUACCUAAGACAAAAUCUGAAAAGGAAGAACAGUGCAUCUCCCUGAAUGAUGUAAACAAGUGUGUUGAAUCUUCAGUGUACUGGCCCACAAAGAGAGGCAUAACUAUAUAUGCUGAGCCCGAUAUACCAGCCCCCAGUACUCUGUGUCAGAAGCCAAAUGAGAAAUCCUUCAGAUUGGCCGAGAAGAAAGAAUGCGAUGAGAAGAAUGGCUGUGUGAAAUUAUUGCAGUUUUUAAAUCCAGAUCCUCUGAGAGCUGAUGGGAUCUCUGAAUUGAAGCAGUUACAGAAGCUGAAGUCAGGCACCCGGCAGCCCUUUGCAGUGCUCCGUAACAAGAUGGAACCGUGCUUGUCCAUGGACAUGGCACCACUUUCCGCAAACCUGAAAAAGGCUCUUCAGAGAAAUAAGUUUCCCGGCCCAAGCCACACUGCAUCUUACGCGUGGCCUCCCAUCGCGCGGGGCUGUGAUGUGGUGGUCAUCUCUCACUGUGGAAACGACCCGUUGUUGUACCUCCUGCCACUGCUCACAAUUUUGCAAACCGGGGGCUGCUACAAGUCACUCCCGAGUAGAAAUGGACCGCUGGCCGUCAUCGUGUGCCCUGGCUGGAAGAAGGCCCAGUUCAUUUUUGAGUUACUGGGGGACUACAGCCUGUCGUCCAGGCCUCUUCACCCCAUGCUGCUGACAAUUGGACUCCACAAAGAUGAAGCCAAAAACAUGAAGCUGCCAAGAGGGUGUGAUGUAAUUGUCACGACACCACAUAGCCUCCUGAGAUUGCUCAAAUACCAAAGCUUGUUGUUCCUUAGACUCUGCCACCUCGUUUUGGAUGAGGCAGAAGUCCUGUUCGUUGAAGCUAAUGAACAAAUGUUCGCUAUAUUAGACAACUUUAAAAAGAAUACUGAGGCUGAAGAGAGGGAGUCUGCGCCACAUCAGAUUGUUGCCACCAGCGUCCACUGGAACAAGCACAUAGAGCAUUUAAUCAAGGAGUUCAUGAACGACCCCCACAUCGUGAUCACCGCCUUGGAGGAGGCCGCGCUUUAUGGCAGUGUCCAGCAGAUAGUGCACCUUUGCCUUGAAAGUGAAAAAACCUCCACUUUGCUCCAGACUCUUGAUUUUGUUCCCAGCCUACCACAAAAGACCUUGAUCUUCACCGGCUCAGAAGCUGAGACAGAGAUCGUGUCUAAGGUCGUGGAAAGCAGUUCAAUAUUUUGCCUGAAAAUGCACAGAGACUUGAUUUUUAACAUAAAGAGUGUUUUAGAGCAGUGGAAGAAGAAGUUAAGUUCUGGCUCUCACAUUGUGUUAGCCGUAACAGAUGACUGCAUACCGCUCCUGGCCAUCACUGACGCGACCUGUGUGAUCCACUUCAGCUUCCCGUCUUCGCCCAAAAUCUUUGGUGGACGCCUCUAUUGCAUGUCUGAUCACUUCCAGGGUACAACCGAACAGGGAUCUUCCGCAGAGCAGGGAGACAGGAAGACCAAAUCCGUCUUGCUGCUGACGGAGAGAAACGCGUGCCAUGCGGUCGGUGUUCUUCGCUACUUGGAGCGAGCAGACGCCAAGAUCCCGUCCGAGCUGUAUGAGUUCACUGCAGGAGUCCUGGAGGCCAAGGAAGAUAAGAAAGCGAGAAGGCCUCUUUGUCCAUACCUUAAGGCUUUUGGGUUUUGCAAAGACAAAAGGAUAUGUCCUGACCGACAUCAUAUUAAUCCAGAAAUAGACAUGCCAAGGAAGAUUUCAAACCAGGAUCUGCCCAAGUUUGGCUACAUUAAAAUUAUUCCCUUUUAUAUUUUGAACGCAACGAAAUACCUUGGUCGUAUAAUAGAUAAACAUGUGGAUCUUUAUGCAACUCUAAAUGCUGAAAUGAAGGAGUAUUUUGAAGAUUUAAGUAAUAAAACAACUGUUGAAAAAGUGGAGAAAUUUGGAUUAUAUGGAUUGGCAGAAAAAGCAGUUUUUCACAGGGUCCAGGUGAUGGAGAAGAGUGCGAAAGAAGACGCCUAUGUCUUAGACAGUGUCCUGGUCAAGUUCAUAGACGAGGGCAGGAUGGGGCUUGUCACCCGAGACCAGCUGCUGCAUCUCCCGGACCGUUUCCACACGCUGCCCCCGCAAGCUGUGGAGUUUAUUGUGUGUCGAGUCAAGCCUGCUGACAGCGAGAUUGAGUGGAACCCAAAGGUUACUAGGUAUAUCCAUCACAAAAUUAUUGGAAAACCACAUGAUGCAAAAGUGAUACUGGCUUUGGGAAAUACGGUUUGGAUUGAUCCCAUGGUGCACAUCACCAAACUUUCAAAUUUGAAAACUUCUAUCAUUGAUUACAACGUUCGAGCUGAAAUUUUGUCGAUGGGGAUGGGUGUUGACAAUUCAGAACACAUAGAACAGCUGGAGAAAUUGUACAAAGAAGUGCCCGCCUGUGGAGAACACCUGAGCCCCAUCACGGUGCCUGCUUCAGCGGAGGCUGUCGCUGGUCUUCCCAGCACCCAGCCAGGAGACAAGGACUCAGAAGGAGCCACUGAUUCCAAGACAGAUGCAGAAAACCCCCAGCACGAACCUGCCCCUGACAGUGCUGGCGGCGCCCCCAUGAGCAGCGCGGCAGAGCCUGUGAGAAGCUUCUACCCCCACAUCAGGUGGUUCCAGAAGGAUGAUGUGGUCAUCCUGAAAAUAAGGCUGAGGAAUGUGAAAGAUUACAAGUGUAAAUAUUUUCAAGAUAGAGUUGUUUUCAGUGCCUGGGUAGAAGACAGAUUUUACUUGGCUGACAUGGCCCUGCAGGCCAACAUCAUAAAGGAUGACUGCAAAUGCCUGAUCGAGAAUGACGAGCCUGUCAUCACUCUUGCAAAAGAGAAGAGGGAACCUUGGUGCAGCUUGCUCAAACAGAAGAAUCCUAAUGUGGCCUUCGACUUUGAUCACUGGGAAGACUGUGAGGAGGAGAGCCACUUCUCCAAGGUCGUCCACUCGAAACCCCUGCCCUACAAAGCAGCCGAGGUCGUUGAGAACGGUGACGAAAUGUCAGAAGAGAAGGGCAGCGAGAGUGACUGAGGCCUGGAGACUCACGGGACAGUGCUGCCCCGGCCCGCGCGCAGGAGCCAGCCGCCUCGCCCGACCUGCUUUGUUCUUUAGGUUUUUGUUUGGGGCUGCACACCCAGCUCUGUUCAAGAGAUCACUCCUGGCUCUGUGCUCAGGAAUCACUCCUAGUGGUGCUCGGGGCACUGUGUAGGGUGCCAGGAAUCGAACCUGGGUCAGCUAGAUGCAAGGCAAAUCCCCUCUCUAUGGUCUCGUCUAUCGCUCCGGCCCCUGGGCCAACGUUUAUACUGCAGAAAGUCAGCCCGAGUCAUGGUGGGGCAUUGGGCUUGGUAACGGUGAGAAAUGCCUCACUGACUGUCCGAGGGGCUUUUACUGGCCAAGGAGGGUACGAGCAGGUCCCUGAGCACGGGAGACAGUGCUGGCCCGGCCUGCUCCGGGCUCACAGCAUGUCAGCGCUGGGCUUCUGGGCGGUUCAUCUACUGGCUGGAGUCCUGGUGCGCCUUCGUUCCAUGUAGACCUGGGCUGGCUACACGCCUGCAAACCUGGCCGCGGGCCCACGAGUGGGAUCUCUCUCUCCCAGACACUCAGCGUUGCCCUUCUACCCAACCAGUUAGUUGGGAUUUUGUUGUUGUUGUUGUUGGUUUUUUUUUUUUUUCGGUUAGGAAGGCCGCACUCAGCAGUGCUCAGGGCUUACUCCUGGCUCUGUGCUCAGGGAUCACUCAUGGCGGGGCUCAGGGGGACUAUAUGGGGUGCCGGGGAUCGAACUCAGGUCAGCUGCGUGCAAGGCAAGCACCUUACCCACUGUACUAUCUCUCUGUCCCCGAGUUGGGAUUUAAUGUAGCUGUUUGUGUAUUCAUAUGUUGAAGGAUUCUUAAGAUAGUCUAGCUACUAAGAGUAAGUGUAUUACUUUCUUUUCCUCCCUCCCCUUUUAUUUUUGGCAUGUGUGGUAGAGCCUGGAGCCUCAUUCAUGCCAGGCAUGAGCUUUCCCACCACGCCAUGUCGCCAGCCCUUAAGUUGAUAAGUUGAUGCCUCGUGAAGAGCACGGGCGUGGGCAAGACUGGGCUGGC